CCCGAGGCCAGCCUACACAAACGCUGCACACGCCCCUGCUGCUGCAUGGACCGCUUGCUGCAUCCCCCACGCGUGGAGGCAAGAAUGACGCCGGCGCUUCCUCGCAUCACGACAGCCUGAACAUCGGGACGAAUUUGCUCAAUCGCUAUUCAUAAAAGGCAGAGUAAUGGCUUCUCCCAUGGCGCAUUCACGGACACAGCUGCUGAUGGCCGCUUUUGCAUUCAGUGCAUUAUGGAGCUCUGUGCUUUCCAUCACCCGCUACUCUAUUCCGGAGGAGAUGGAAGCGGGCUCCUUUGUUGCCAACCUUGCCACAGAUUUGGGUCUAGAUGUCCGAAGCAUGGUGGAACGGAAAGCAAAGCUGGACGUCAUUCACAGCAGAAAUUACCUUGACAUCAACAAAGACACCGGAGAGCUCAUCAUCCGUGAGAAGAUCGACCGGGAGAGCAUCUGCAUGACUAAAACAGCCUCAUGCUUUCUGAAAAUGGAUGUCAUAUUAGAAAACCCGAUUCGUAUUUUUAACAUCGAACUGGAGAUCAUGGACAUUAAUGACAACGCGCCCGUGUUCCGGAGGAAGACCAUUUAUUUGGAUGUUUCCGAGGCAACCCCUCCCGGUGAGAGAUUCUCGUUAACAAAUGCUGUAGAUGCAGAUGUUGGUGCUAAUUCAAUCAAGACUUACUACCUAAGUGAGAGCAAAUACUUUAACAUUGACAUUCAAACUGGCAGCGAUGGCUCCAAAUAUGUCGAUUUGGUUCUUAAUGGCAAUUUGGACCGGGAGACGGACACGGUGCAUAAUCUGAUUUUAACCGCUGUGGAUGGCGGGGUUCCUCCUCGAUCCGGCACAGCCAGCAUUAUUAUCAAUGUCCUCGAUAUCAAUGACAACGCCCCCCUGUUCAUUCAGCCGGUAUUUGAAGUCAACGUUCCAGAGAAUUCCGGCGCAGGAACUGUGGUCAUGACCUUAAAUGCAACAGAUUUGGAUGAAGGCACAAACGCACGGUUGUUAUAUUCUUAUACUCUCUACACAUCCGAGAAGACGCAGGAGCUCUUCUCGCUGGACCGACAUACAGGCGAGAUCAAGGUGAAGGGGGCUGUUGAUUUUGAGGAGAAUCAGAAUUUUGAGAUGCACAUUCAAGCUCAGGAUGAAGGGUCAACCCCGCUGUUAGGACACUGCAAAGUGAUGGUGUCCAUCACCGAUUUGAAUGACAACUACCCCGAGCUGACCAUCAAGUCUCUAAAAAGUGCUGUGGCCGAAAAUACCGCCGUGGGGACGCUGAUUGCCGUGGUCAGCGUCAGCGACAGGGACUCCGGAGUCAACGGGGAAGUGGAGCUGACUUUAAGUCAGCAGGAAAUCCUACCCUUCAUCCUCAAUCAAUCCUCAGAGGGUUACUUUGAGCUCUUGGUUUCAAAGCCCCUUGACAGAGAGCUACAGAGCAAAUAUGAGAUCACGCUGAAGGUGACGGACAAAGGCACGCCGCCGCUAACUGAAAGCGAGACCUUCACUUUAGAGAUUCAUGAUAUCAAUGACAAUGCGCCCACAUUUCCUCAGUCCUUUUACACGAUUCACGUUAUGGAAAAUAAUCUGCCGGGAGCAUUGCUGACAUCUCUGAGUGCGCUUGACCCAGAUCUGAAUGAGAACCAGUACUUGGUCUAUUUCAUUAUGGAGAAGGAGAUAGUGAACACAUCCAUGUCAAUGCUGUUCUCCAUCAAUCCAGAAAACGGUGACCUUUAUGCCCUGAAGACCUUUGAUUUUGAGCGAGAGAGGGAGUAUCUUUUCCACAUUGAGGCAAGAGACUCGGGGGUCCCCCCGCUGAGCAGUAAUGUUACCGUCCAUAUCAUCAUUCUGGACCAAAACGACAACACCCCUGUCAUAGUGUCACCGUGGCGGGCGCAGGGCUCCGUGGUAGAGCAGGUGAUACCGAGAUCUACGGAUAAGGGACACUUAGUGGCCAAAGUGAUCGCCAUUGACGCCGACUCUGAACAAAACGGCAGGGUCACAUAUCAGCUCUUGCAAAUCAGUGACACAAGCCUCUUCAGUCUGGAUCAAUACAACGGCGAGAUCCGGACAACCAGAAUGUUCAGCUACAGAGACCCCCGGCAACAACGUCUAGUCAUUGUCGCGAAAGACAACGGCGACCCCGCUCUCUCCACCACAGUCACUAUCAAAAUAUCCACCGUGGAACACUCCAUGGCUUUUUCAGAGACAACAGAGUUGCCGCUAGAGUAUGACGUCUUCACUGACCUCAACUUAUAUUUAGUCAUCGGCUUAGGGGCUGUCUCCUUCAUGCUGCUCAUUACCAUCUUGGUUAUUAUCGUACUCAAGUGUCAAAAACCAAAGCCCAUCAAGAUCCCCCCGGCUAAUCGGAACAGUGUGAUCAGCAGGAAUAGUGUGAUCAGCCAGCGGAGCUCCACCAUUGCCGACUCCACCUUGAUCUCCAGUGACGCCUACUGGUACAGCCUGUUCCUGGCCGAGACCAGGAAAGGCAAAGUGGUCGUGAGACAGCCCAUAAUUCCCAAAGGAGCUGGCUACUUUGUGUCCAGCAUACCCAGGAGCAUAGGGCCAAGUGAGACCACAGAGUCCAGAGCAUCCACACUGGAGUACUCAAAAUGAAAAGAAGUCCAUUCUACAACUGGAGCAGGCAACCAGAAGAGAACUGCCGUGAUCUAAUCAUCUCUUCCUGGCAGUCAUUGACUCAUACACAGAUGUAAAACAGUUUCCUUGAGUCCCUCCAAGCCAACGCUUCUAUCCUUAAAUCAUCCAAACGUUGUCAUGAGCUAGCUAGUCAGAUAGAUACGGUCUACUUUAUUAAUCUUGUGAGAGAAGUAAUCAUCCUCAAUGCAUUCAACCUCAUUAUCCCAGAACUUCUAUUUUCAGCAUGAAUCUGCAUGAUUCUAAAAUAUGUCUCAUUUGGACGAAAAAUUGAUAACAAUAUUCCAAACGUGGCUUAGUUAGCCUCAUGCCAUUUCCUUUCCGAUGCAACUUAACGGGUUCUGUUGCUGUUGUCUCUUUCGGGACGGAAACAGAAGUGCCGUGUGCAAAACACGCCUAAUCAAUAAGAGUCAGGGUGAACAUGAUUCUUCCGAUUUGCAUAGUGAAAUGUAUUGGGUAAUCUUAUUCAGUCAUUUAAAUGCUGCGUGGUAUCCGUUAUUUUUUAAUGACAUUUUGACUGUUUUAUGUGAGGAGGUGUUAUUAAAUGACACUCCCGCUGUCACCUGGUAAUUUGACUUUCUGUCAUAUUGUAGUAAAAAAUGUAAAAAUGAAAGAUGGGGAAAAGAUUCUGUUGGGGGUUUAUGUCUGUAGUCUAACAUUUUGAAAGCUCAAGUGAAGAACUUUUUUAAAUAGUCUGACUGGCCAUGUAUUAGUACUAUUUAUUCGUAUCUUUAUUCAUUUUAGAAAUACUUGGGAUGUGGUUUGAGGGAGCACAAGAUCAGUUAAGAUUGCCCUCAAAUUUGAUGUUACAUUUGAGGAAUGACAUAACGAACAAAAAUGUGAAUGUGGAUUUUACAUUCAAUCAUACUGACCCAUACUUAAAAAAAAAAAUGGCCGUUCAUCAUUUUUCUAUCAAUAUUAUAAGGUGACAAAAAACUGGCAAUAAAAAUAUAAGCUACAAAAAAAACAAGCAGAAAAUUUAUAUUAAUAUUUCAAUUUUAAUAAUAAAGCUCUCAAUUUAUGUAACGAAGAAUAUUAAAAUCAUGAUUGAACCGAAGUCCAUGUGAGUUUUAUUAUUUUUCAUUUUAUUGAUUGUUUGCUUCUUAACUUUUAAUGCUGCUUCAGUGGGCUUUUUUCUAAGGGCAUUUUGUGUUGCAUAUGUGUAGCUUAGUGGAUUUGAUGUUUUGCUAUUCUGUAGUUUUUAAAUGAGAUUAGACAAUGCUGUUCUUCAUUUGACCUUCAUUUGACCUCCAUCUAGGCACGUGACUUUCAUUUCUCAGAAACAAGUGACUGAACUUAUUUGGGUGCUAUUAGCGUUAGAGGAAGCGAAUCUGGUUCAAAUUUCAGAUCUCAAGUAGCCUACUCAAUUAAAUAUAUGCACUUAUUGCUGAACAAAAGAGUCGUGAGUUAAGUAUUGCAAGAUUUUAAAAUAUGCACAAAACAUAUUUGAAAAAAAUUAUAAUGUGUCUGGAAUCAUAUUCUUAUUUUUGCUAAUAUUACCUACAGGUAUUCUAUGUGCAAUUAAUUUUGAAACCACUCACUUCCUAAAGUGUGUAAAUGCACAUCUGAUAAGCUUUUCGUGUGCCUUCUGCAUUGUGGAAAAAAUACAGGGCGUGCGACGAAUGAAAAAAUUACGAGCAGUAUUGUAAAUCACCGGGAUCUUACCAAACUUUUGACAAUGCCGGUUUGAACUGGUGCCGCUGUACAUCAUAAGCACAUUGAAAAUAUGCUGUAAACCUCAAACAACAAAUAUAAAUCAAAUGUUAUCAUUAGCCAAAGACAUAUUGUUAUCAAAUCCAUUGAUCUGACUAAAAUGAUUGCGGGAAUUUGCUUAGCAAAAUUAGAGUUCAUACCACAAUGUAUUGCUCAUAGAGUGUCGACAUUGAUAGAUAGUCAGUCUUUUGUUUUCCAGCUAGAUGCAUUAACUGUAAAUGGAAACACUUUAUACCUGUGUUUUUUAUAAAGUUGACUUUUUUGAUAUCUUCUGGAAGUUCACUGUGAUCUGAUGGCACAGGGGUGCUUGUUCUCUGUUGGUGUUGUCGUCAGUUCAUAUUUGUGAAUUUUGGCGCCGCUUUUGCUUCACCAGUCAGAUUGUAUAGUAUACUUGAGACUUAUAUCAAAUUGAUUCAACUUCCAUUCCACUUCGUGGAUCAAAGAGCAACUGGGAGAGAAUGGCCUUGGUUUCUUUUCUAGUCCAGUUAAUUGUCUGGUUUUGAUGUUGCUUAUUUGGCUUUAAUGUUCUGCUUGAUCAUGACAAUUGGAAUAAACUUUUUUUUUUUAAAUCAG